AUCAGCUGACCUGGUCACGUGACCACGCGGUUUGCUUUGCGUCUCCGCACAAAAUGGAGUUGUCAGAUUCGGUCGUAAAGGGGCUUCAGUCCCUAUCCGAUCCAGCUUCUUUGGACUUAAAAUCCUUCACCAUCUUCACCGAAGCGGCCUUUCGCAGUCUGCUGUCGUUUCCGACCGAAAACGUGUUCGAUUACCCAGAACUAAAAAACAAUGAUCAGGCUCUCCUGAAACACUGUCACGUUGCAGCAACAACCUUUAUACUGGAAGCAGUAAAACAGAAUGCAGACAGGUCAACUGUAUGCUCAUGCCUUGAAGACCUCAGAUAUGAUGGCGAGAGAGUGGAGGCGUUUUAUGCGCUCUAUCAGAAAAACAAAGCUAAUUUGGAAAAGCUGUUGUCAAGCAUUGAUAGAUGUCCUCCUCACAUAACGGAUGUUUCUUGGCGCUUAGAUUACUGUAUAAAGAACAGCCAUGUGCAUAAGGUCAAUCAGCCAUCCUAUCUGAUUUCUUUCAACACUGAGAAUGGCGGGAAUAACGGAGCCUCUUCGAAACUAAAUUUUAGCUGCUCAUUGGAACAACUUCAGGAUUUAGUGGGAAAGAUGAAGGAUGCAGCGAAGAGUGUGGAGAGAGCCACCCAGCUCUGACGCCUUAAGGGUUUAUAGCUCUGUUCUGCAUUGCACCUUGUUCCAUCUCCAGCCUCUAUCCGGCAAAGUGAGAUGUGUGAUGGGCUUUUUUUUUGUACGUUUCAGUGUUCACAAUAAAAUAAAUAAAUAAAAAUCAA